GGAAUGGAAGUACGUGGAGUACCAGAAGUGACUAUUUCUCGAGGAAAUGUUGUUUGGAAUUGUGGUGAACUUAAAGUUGAACCUGGAUGGGGAAAGUUUGUUCCUCUACUAGCGAAUUGCCCAUAUAUUUUUGGAGCACAAGAAACACGUGAAAAAGUAUUUAAACUUUUAUUUGGAGUAAAUUUAGAAAAUAUAGUAAAGGGAUCAGGGUUGCCGCCCGAAACCCGAUACUUGAAACCCGAAAUCCGGCAUUUUUUUGCACCAGAAACCCUUGACCCGGAAUGA